GUCAUUGUACUUGCACCAAGUCAGCGACAACUGUCUCGCAAAAAUUUGCCUAAUACUUGCUAUAUACUUUCGCUGGCCCUGGCGGAUCAGUUGGUCAUCAUCACCACAGUGCCACUGGCAUCCACCAUCUACACCGUGGAGUACUGGCCUUAUGGCAGCUUCUUGUGCAGUCUGUCGGAGUUCAUGAAGGAUGUAUCGAUUGGGGUGUCGGUGUUCACACUGACAGCCCUCUCGGGCGAUCGGUACUUUGCCAUUGUCGAUCCAUUGCGAAAAUUGCAUGCUCAUGGAGGCGGUCGCCGGGCCACACGCAUGACCUUGGCCAUAGCGGUUUCCAUUUGGCUGUUGGCCAUAAUCUGCGGUCUCCCAGCCCUCAUCGGAAGCAAUCUCAAGUAUCUUGGCAUCAACCAGGAAAAGUCGAUUGUGAUCUGUUAUCCCUAUCCGGAUGCUUGGGGCGCUAACUACGCCGAGACAAUGGUCCUGUUGCACUUCCUGGUCUACUAUGCCAUACCAUUGGUGAUUAUAGCGGUUUUCUAUGUGCUGAUUGCCCUGCACUUGAUGUACACGGCGAGUGUUCCUGGCGAGAUGCAAGGAGCUGUCAGACAGGUUCGAGCGCGUCGCAAAGUCGCUGUGACUGUGCUGGCAUUCGUUGUCAUCUUUGGCAUUUGCUUUCUGCCGUACCACGUCUUCUUCCUCUGGUUCUACUACUGGCCCACUGCCCAGGAGGAUUACAAUGCAUUCUGGCAUGUCCUGCGCAUCGCCGCUUACUGCAUGUCCUUCGCCAACAGCUGUGCCAACCCGGUGGCCCUCUACUUCGUGAGCGGCGCCUUUCGCAAGCAUUUCAAUAGAUAUCUGUUUUGUCGCGGCGCGAACGGACGCCGCAAGAAGCGGAACCAAGCGAACGACACCUUCUGCAUGCGCCGGGACACCUCGCUGACCAGCACCGCUUCGAAGCGCUAUCAGUCGCGUCAUUCCUGCUAUCAGAGCACCAUCCGCAGCUCCCGACUGCAGGAGACAACGACAGCCAUGCUGCCAAAUGGGCCCCAGGGCCAGAAUGGCGCCCCAAUUUCGGCCGUAGACCUUGCCGCUUGCCAGAAUGAGGCGACGCGAGGCUACGAUUGUUUGCCACUGAACGAGUACGGCCAGCGGACCAGGCCGCUACUAAGGCAGCAGCAGUCUCUAUUGAAUUAA